AUGGUGGCUGACGGGUUGGUUUGCCAUGGCGGGGCUGCGGAUCUGGCUGCCAUGGCUGGCUGCGGUCGGCGCUCAUGGCGGCUGACGGAUCUGGUGCUCAGGCGGCUACAUCUGGCGUCAUGGUGGCGACGGAUCGGGCUGCUCAGGGCUGGCUGCGGAUCUGGCUGCUCAGGGCGGCUGACGGUUGGCCUCAUGGUGGCUGAGGGGAUCUGGCUGCUCAUGGGGCUGAGGGUCUGGUGCUCAUGGCGGCUGCGUCGGCUGCUCAUGGGGGCUACGGGCUGGCUGUCAUGCUGGUACGGAUCUGGCUGCUCGGGCUGGCUGACGGUUUGGCUGCUCAUACUCUGGGUGCUCUGGGGACGGCGGUGGAGGCGGACCCCACCUGGGAUUCAGUCAACAUCCACGGGGCGCUCCCAUUGCAGGAGCUGCUCUUCCUGGUCCCGAACCCGAGUUUUCCAUCUAGUAGGGGCCUUCGUCGGUCCUCUGAUUCCAUAGCGAUUAUGUUCUGUGGGGGCGGAAGGCUCUAGCGGCCCUGUCUGGCGGAAGGCUCUGAGGUCAUGGCAACGGACGUUUGGGCUCAGUACAACGGGGGGCUUAUGCACCCUUUGGCAAAGGGGCAUUUUCAACCCCAUAGGGGGCCGCGGGCUUUUCGGGGCGCCGUUGGAGCCAAAACUCGGGCCACUGGAAACGCCCCCCCGAGAUUCGUGCGUGGAGCAGGAACGCCGGCUGGGCUGGCGACGCCACCUUAUCCCUGGUCGAGUGGCCAACAGGCCGGGGCCGGGUGGCACGCACAUCGUGGCCCUGGGGUGGGAAAGGAACAAAACCGGUCCGUACCGGAACCCCCACCACUGGCCCCUUAACUGGGGAUAAAGAACGGCCGGGCCAGAUGGGAACACACUUCAGUCUCUCAUGCCGUGCCAAAAAACCCCAACUCCCUCCCCCUUACCCCGCCAAUGGCCCCGAUCCAUACCUUUUUUCCCGCUUACCUGUGGGGACCUCCUGCUGCCCAGUGCCCAAGCCAUGGCCCCCCCCAAAAAUUUUUUUGGGGUUGCCUCUCUCCACGGGCUUCCAGCCUCGCCUUUGCGCUGCUCCCCGUACCCACCCCUCCGGCUUGGUGCCUCCGUCUUCCGAGGGGGCUAUUCCCCGGUUUUGUGCCCAAAGGGCCUUUCCGUCCAAUAACCCUUCCCCUGUCCAGACCUUAGGAGCGUCCUAACCCUGGUUUGGGGUCCUGUUCCGCUUUUUCGCUGCUUGGGCCUUUUGUGGUGGGUUUUCUGUCACGAGUCUAAGGAUUUUGGGCCAAGCGCAGCGUUCGAGUGAACAUGAUGAUUUUUAAUCCAAAAAAACCACAAAAACAAAAAAAACAAAGUGAAGGUUUUUAUACUAAACACACUAACAACAAAAACACUAACAAUAAACCCCCAAAACAAAAAUUUAAAAAACAAGAAAUAUAUGGGUCCAACAAGAUAACGAGCCGACGCUACACCGGUUACCUCCGAUUGGGAGUCAUCGACCCAAACACCACAGACACAAACCAAAAAAGAAAUCCCCUACCAAAACCAAAAAAAACCCCCAAAAAAAAAAAAACCCCUGGUAAAUUUAAAACCCUAACCAAUUUACUUUCCACAAAAGUCCCCCACCGGGAAAUUUGGGCAAUUUUUUUUUUUUUAAAAUUUUGACAUUUUACUCAAAGGUUUUGCUCAACAUACCCAAAAAACUAAAACAACCAAAAUCCCCCACAAAAGAAGGGAAAACCUUUUCCCCAAAGCCCUUUGGCCCCCAGGCAUGGUCCCCAGUGGCGCCCCUGGGUUUUUAAGACACUGGAUUUUUUUUGGGGUGUUUUUGGGCCCAACCCCCAGGUUCCAAUAUUACCCGAAGGGGAAAACUUGGUUACAAAGGCGAAUACCCGGGAUUUUUUUCCCCGAAACCCCGAACAACCGUUUCCCCCGGGCCUCUUGAAUUCGGGGGGGCCGCCACCAGGGGUUUUUAAACAUCGGCGCAAAAAAAAAAAGGGCCCCCCCCCGGAAAAAAAAGGGGGCUUGUUUUCUAAAAAUUUAACACUAAGGGUUUUAAAAAACUAAGGCUCACCUUUUUGUUCCCCCAAAUCCCCCCAAAAACCCCGCCGAACUCCCAAGAUUUUUUCGAAAGCAGGCCGUUCCCCCCAAGCAAAACCCGAGGUAAAAGAUACACCUUUUGAAAGGGAAAACCCAAAACCGAGUCUUUGUUCCCGGGGAUUUUAAAAAAAAAUUUUAAUCCCCGCCGAACCCCAAAUAAAUAUCCUUUUACCGUGAAAACCUCGACCAGUUUCAAAAAUUUCCCGGGGGGGUUUUAAAAAGGCCCCACCCCCCCCAAAUUACCAGCCCCUUUUUGCCUUUUUCCAAGCAAAAUAAAAAGGAGCCGUUUUCACCUGGCUUGCCCCUCAACCCCCCAAAAAUUGUUUUUAAACCCGGGAUGGGAUAGUUCCCGGGGUUCCCCCCGAAAAUUUUUUUGCUUCCUCAUGCGGUUUAAAAGGAAAGUUAUGGUGUUUUUCCCUUGAAAAAACCACCCUAAAAAAAAUUGAUGACGGAAUUUUUGGGGGCCUAAAAAACCCAAUUUCCCCUGAAAGGUGACUGGGUAUGGAAAUAAAAAGUGUAGUUCCCCCAAAAAAUUUUAAACCAAAAAAAACGAAAAGGAAAGGGAGUUCCCCAAUCAAGCACACAACUUUGGGCAGGUUAAAAAGGAUAAAAAAAAACCCCAAACAUGACUCCACCCCCGCAAAAAAACCCCCCCCUUUUGAGAAAGAAGUCCAUCAGGCCCCCCAAAAAAGGGGGUCUCCCCCAGGCCCCAAAAGACAAAAAAAUUUUCCCCCCCCCGCAAGGCUUGCCCCCCAAACACCCCACCCCCCCUCCGGCUGGGGUUUCUUUCAAUUCCCUUUCCCAUUGCUUUUCCCCCCAAUUUUUCGGGGGGGCCACCAUUUUCCGUCCCCGGCGGUGCUAAAACAAAUCCCCGCCCUCAUCCCUUUCCCAAAUGUUUUAAAAAGGGAAAACCUUUCCUUACCAAACCGUCCCCCUAACUAAUUUUGCACCGCCCAAAUUCCACAAAAUUUUUAAAACACAGAAAUCCCUUCCCACGGGCCCAGAAAUAAAUUAAAACCGGCAAGUCAAAAUUCACACCAUGACCCCCCCAACCAUCUUAACCGACCCCCUUUGGUAAAAAGCCCGUUUAAAUUUGGGCCGGAUUCCCCUGACCCCGCCCCCAGGGGUGAGGGGGCAAACCCCUUUCCCGGUCCUACCGGGGGGCCCCACAAGGGGGUUUGGACCCCCCACUCCCUGUCCCCAACUGGGGCCCAAAACGGGGUUUCCCAAAUUUUUCAGCCCAACGUAUCCUUGUUCCACAAUGAGGGAAAACCCUAGGGGGAAGGUGAGGGCCCGGGGUGGGGCCAAAACCCCCUCCCAACCCACAAAAAGGGGGGGAAAAUCGGGGAUUGGCCAGAAUACCCCCCACCCUCACCCCCGAGGGAGAGGGGGACUUCAGGCUUGGGUACCACACCGACAAACAAAAAGGGGGAAAACCAAAAAUUGGGGAAAGGGGGAACAAAAUUAAACCCGAGGAAAGGGUUUUUAAAACCCAAAACUCUAAAAAUUUUAAAAAUAAAAAAAUGGGGAUCCUUUUUCACCCAAAUUUUAAAUGCAAAAAACUGCGGGCUUCCAAGGGUUGCCGCCCCCACCCCGGGGAAAACCCCCCCCAGAACAUAAAUGAGGAAGCCAAAAGACUUGGGCCCAACCCAGAGGGGGACCCCCUAAAAAAGGGGAGAAAAAUGAAAAGGGGAGAAAAAAAAAACCCCUUUUCACAACCACGGCAGGGUUUUCCCGACUCCCCCCGGGGGGGCGGCUUCCCGGGGGGCCGGGAGUCUAGCGCCACCGUGUAUUUUUCCCAUUUCUUUUUUUUCGUUUUUUUCCCGUUCGUUUGGGUUUUUUUUUUUCCCCUUAAAAGUUCUUUUUGGUUUGGUUUGUUUGUUUGUACCUGUUUUUUGCGCUAUUUUGGUCUUAUUCGUUGUUUUUUCGGUUUAGGGGGUUUCCCCGGGUUUUGCGCUUUUGGGUUUUCGCCGGGGUUUCGUUUUUUCUCCCCCCGGUUUUUUGCCGGUAGGGGUUUUUUUAAAGCUUUUGCAAAUUCUCGCCAAAAGCCCCCUGAAGAAUCACAACCCUUGAUAAUUUUCCGGCCCCACAGCACCAUUCCGGAAGAAUCCACAAAAAUUUGGUCGGAAAAGCCCCAGACUAUUAAAACCUUUUAAAACCUAAACCGGGGGCCCCCCCAACAACCCCCCCCCUGAACCAGGGGACACCCAAAACCCCAACCCGGGGGAUUCCCUGGGCCCCAGGGCCAUUAGGGGGGGCCCAGGGUUCCUCCCCCCCGGGGGCCCUUAGGGGACCGCCCCGGGGGGGCCCUCCCAGGAGCUUGCCCCUCCCGUCUUUGGGGAAAGGCGUUGGGGCCCCACCCGGGUGGGGGAAAAGGCGAAAUCCCACCGAGUUGGUUAGGGCACACCACCUGGGGGGCGGCGGGGGAUUUUGUUUACCUCCCCGGGGGAGGGGGGGGAUUUUCGUUUAAAAUUCCGAAAGGGCGGAGGGGUUUGAGACGCCCUCUUCGGCCCAAAACCCCACCGCGUAUCAGGGGGACGCCCUUUGGGGCUGGCCGCGGCCCACCUCUCUUUCGAUCAGUUAGUGGCUGUCCAUCGGGCGGACCCCUGCUGGCCCCCGCGGACGUUCCGGGGGGUCCGUCCACCCUCCCCAGACCUCCGAGCCGAGCCCUUGGGCCGGGGUGGGCGCAGAGGAGGGGGUGGACAGGGGGGGCCGUCCUCUCCCCAAACGUGGCCGGGGAGGACACACCGCGGCAGGGCGGGGAGGGUCUCCUGGGGGAGAAACCGGGCUCCCACUGGGGGUCCUUCCAGGUGGUAGGCCCCCACUUACCCAGAGCUCUCUGUUGUGCACUUCUGUAACCGUGCGAUUUCCACAGGUUGCACCCCUUCCCAAACAUAAGGCGCUAGUAGAUCAGGGGGGCGGGAAAUUUUUUUGAUAGAAAAUUUUGUUUAGAAUUGGAUUCCCCCCCUUCCGGGUUUACUCCCCAUUCCCCGUUAUGCCCCAGAUAGCUGUCCUUUGGGAUGAGCUUGAAAACAGGGGGGCCGGCACCAUAGGAUGGUAGGGGGGUCAUGAGGGGAUAUCCGCUAUUUCGAUCGCUCGCCUGGACCGGGGGGCGGGGAAUGCCCUGGUUGAGUACCAUAAAACCUCUAUUUCGUGGCAGGAGGGGCUCUGAUGGAUGGCCCCGCCCCGUGGGGGGUCGAUUUUAGGGUUUGGGGGGGCACCUCGGUGGGAGUCCCCAAACCCGGUGCCCCAUUGCACAUUUUCCCCCCGAGUAGGGAUUUUGGGUAUGUGUUCAUAAGCGAGGGGGACGAGUUACCCCUCCCCAUAGGCAGGGAGAUGUGGUAGACCUCCGGCAAACGCGCCCCCCGGAGCCAUGUUAUCCUCGCUAAGAGGAGAAAAGAGCUUGGGACUUACAUAGCGAAACUCUGGAAAAAGGAUACUACGGCCAUCCACUUCCCCUGCGUCCCAGUUUUUUUUUUUGUGAAGAAGAAGGGUGGAGGGUUCGCCCGUGCAUUGAUUACCGGUUUUCCAACAAUACGGUGAAAAACAGUUAUCCACUUUCCCCUGAUUGCGACCAUGACGGGUUUGCACGGGGCGGUUUUUUUUAAAAAAAUUUGUCUCGGAGCGCUUACAACUGUUGGCUUAAGAGGGCGAUGAAUGGAAGAACGUUUUACCACCCGGGCCUUAAGAGUACUUGUCAUGCCAUACGGGGAGAACGCUCCUUCAGUUUUCCAAACAUUUUGGAUGAGAAUUUAGGACUGCAGGGAGGGGGUGGUCGUGUACAUAGAUGACCUUCUCUUAAAAUCGUCUACCGAUCGAGCAUGGGCCCUGGUUUUCCGAGUGUUUUAGGGGGCUGUUGGGGCACGACCUUAUGUCAGGGAGGAAAUGUCUGUUUUUUUCCCGGAGUCGAUCCCUUUUUGGGGUUUUCAUUUCUGGUCAGGGGUGAAAGGAGGUUGACCGGGUGUCCCGUCAAUGGCAACUCCAACCAGUUAAAGAGGUGCAGCAGGUUUUUUUUGGGGUUUUCAAAAUUUUCCCCGGGGUUUCCGGGUUUUUUGGGCGGGGGAGCUCCCUAACGUCCUUUUUAAGGGGGGUCCGGUGCGUUUGCAUGGUCAGCCCAGGCGGACGGGCUUUUGGGGGGAAGGCCUGUUUUUACUUCGGCUCCGGGGCUGGGCAUCCGGGUCCCCUUUUACCAUUUCGGUAGAGGGGGCGGUCAGGGCGGGGGACCGUGCUUUUGCAACGGUCCGGGCCCCCACCCAAACUCCGCCCCCGUGCUUUUUUAUUCUAAAAAAACAGUCCGGCGGGCGAAAUUAGAAUAGGGGACGGGGGUGUUGCCGUGGGCGGGCCCCCCCAAAGGGGUGGGGGCAUUGGGUUUAGGGGGGUCAAACCCCUUUUCUCAUUUUGACUGACCCCCGAACUGGAGUACAUCCCCGGGAGCUAGGAGACUGAACCCUCGCCAGCGCGGUGGAACAUGUUUUUGGGCCCGGGUUUGUAUUUAAAAUCACGUAAUCCCUGGGGGACAGCGGUAAGGCAGACCACUGUCCGGGGGUAUGACACGGAGGAGAGGUCCGGGGGCCACCCCAUACUGCCGGAUCUUUUCUGGGGCCCGGUAGUUGGGAGGGGAUGCAAUCGGGGGGGGGUUGCGCAGACCCCAGUCCCCCAAUGCCCCGGGGGGUCGGGCGACGUCCCGCUCGAGGUUGGGGUCGAUUGACUAUUGGGGUACACGUCCCCCCUCUGGAAUCCGGUAUUGGCCGGGGAAAUCACGCCUUUUGCAAAUACGGGGGCCCCCGUUUGCGGGGAUUUUGGGGGGUUUGUUCUCCGCUCGGGUGCGCCCGUGUAAGGCGCCUAACAUCUGCCUAGGGGGAAAUUAAAACCCCUGCCCGUUCCACAAAGACCCUGGGCCACCCCCGGGGGCUUCUCACUGACCCUUCCCUCCUCGCGGGGAAAAACUCUAACUGGUCGUUGGGACCGGUUCCUAAGGCCUUCGUUGCUCCCCCUUUCCGGGGCCCUUUCCCAUGCCCUACAACCGCCGAACUCAUUUACCCCCCCGGUUUUUCCCGGCCCUACGGGGUACCCCAGUAUUUUUUUUCUGAUCGAGGUCCCCAGUUUUACCCCCAGAGUCUGGGAAACGAUGACGUUGGGGGGGCUCGGGGAGCCCCACCCCGGGGGUUUCCAUCCUGGGGUAAGGGGAGGGGGAACGUGUGAACCCGGAUGUGGGGGGGUUUUUUUAAUCUACGCCAGGCCGGCCAGGGGGGCACGGGACUUCCCUGGGCAGAAAUGGCCCAGAAUUCCCUGCCAUUCCCAAACUAACCUAACCCCCUUUCCGGGGUGUUAGGUUACCAGCCGGUUUCGGCACCAUGGGGCGAGCCAGAAGGGGCCCCGCGGUGGAGAUGGGUGGGGGCGCUCGGGGAACGGGGGAAAGCUGCACCUCCCCUGCGCGGGGCCCCCGUCUAGAAGGCGACGCCGUCUCCACCCCCGUGGGGCCCGGGUACGCACCGGUGAUCGAGUGGCUCUCUACCAAAACCUGCCCCCCCCUGCCCGGGCCCGGGAAAAUGGGGCGGGGUUUGGGGGCCCUUUUUUAAAACCGAAAGAUUUAACAGGUGUGUUACAGAUUACAAACUGCCUUUUGAUAUAAGAAUUUAACCCCCCGUUCCAUGUGUUCUUUUCCCGGCCUGGGAGUGGUCCACUCCCGGAAAUGAAAACAAAAAAAACCCCCGCCCCCAUUGGGCAUCGAGGGGGCCCGGUAUCCGGGCCCCUCUUGGAUUCGAGACGUCGGAUGGGGGGUCUCCAAUAUCUCGUGGAGUGGGAGGGGUACGGCCCGGAGGAACGGUGCUGGGUGCCGAGGAGAGACAUUUUGGACCCGUCUCUCCUGACAGAAUUCCACCGUAGUCACCCGACGCGCCCUGCUCCGCGUCCUCCUGGGUCGUCCCCGAGGCCGGAGUCGGCGCACGUCUGGAGCCGCGCAUCAAGGGGGGGUUACUGUCACGGUUUCGGCCGAGGCUGCCUCUCUUCCUUGCUCGGGCAGGCUUCGGCGGUCGUCGUCUCCCGGAGUACUAGCUGCCACCGUUGUAUGUUUCUAUGUUCGUUGGGUUUUGUCUUGAUGUUGUACACCUGUUUUCGUUUAGCGCUCAUUAGUGUCCUAUAAGUUCUCGUUGUGUUUGUCAGGUGUUGUGUUGAUUGUACUUGCUGUCGUGUUGUGCGCUACUGUUGGUCGUCUGUACUUCGUUGUUUUCCUCCUCUGUUUAGGAGGGUUCUCGCACAUGUUUAGUUGCGCAUUUUGGUUUACGCCUGUGUGCGUAUUUUCUCGCCUCCGGGCUUUUGGCUCGUGUAUUGAGUGAGUUUUCACUAAAGUCUUUUGGACUAAGUUUCUGCGUCCUGCGCCUGAUUCCUGCACCACACCCACGUACAGCACCCACUGACAAUCAGACUGUUAAAUAGCCAUCACUAGCACAUUAGAGGCUGCUGCUGCUUAUUGAAAUCACUGGCCACUUUAAGAAAUGGAACACUAAUUUUAAUAAUGUUUACAUAUCUUGCGCUACUCAUCUCAUAUGUAUAUACUGCAUUCUAUUCUAUAAUAUUCUUCUGUAUCUUAGUCCAUGCCACUCUGUCAUUGCUUGUCCAUAUACAGUGGGGGGAAAAAAGUAUUUAGUCAGCCACCAAUUGUGGCAAGUUCUCCCACUUAAAAAGAUGAGAGAGGCCUGGUAAUUUUCAUCAUAGGUAAACGUCAACUAUGACAGACAAAUUGAGAAGGAAAAUCACAUUGUAGGAUUUUUAAUGCAUUUAUUAGCAAAUUAUGGUGGAAAAUAAGUAUUUGGUCACCUACAAACAAGCAAGAUUUCUGGCUCUCACAGACCUGGUAACUUCUUCUUUAAGAGGCUCCUCUGUCCUCCACUCGUUACCUGUAUUAAUGGCACCUGUUUGAACUUGUUAUCAGUAUAAAGACACCUGUCCACAACCUCAAACAGUCACACUCCAAACUCCACUAUGGCCAAGACCAAAGAGCUGUCAAAGGACACCAGAAAACAAAAUUGUAGACCUGCACCAGGCUGGGAAGACUGAAUCUGCAAUAGGUAAGCAGCUUGGUUUGAAAGAAAUCAACUGUGGGAGCAAUUAUUAGGAAAUGGGAAGACAUACAAGACCACUGAUAAUCUCCCUCGAUCUGGGGCUCCACGCAAGAUCUCACCCCGUGGGGUCAAAAUGAUCACAAGAACGGUGAGCAAAAAAUCCCAGAACCACACGGGGGGACCUAGUGAAUGACCUGCAGAGAGCUGGGACCAAAGUAACAAAGCCUACCAUCAGUAACACACUACGCCGCCAGGGACCAAAUCCUGCAGUGCCAGACGUGUCCCCCUGCUUAAGCCAGUACAUGUCCAGGCCCGUCUGAAGUUUGGCUAGAGUGCAUUUGGGAUGAUCCAGAAGAGGAUUGGGAGAAUGUCAUAUGGUCAGAUGAAACCAAAUUAUAACUUUUUGGUAAAACUAAACUCGUCGUGUUUGGAGGACAAAGAAUGCUGAGUUGCAUCCAAAGAACACCAUACCUACUGGUGAAGCAUGGGGGGUGGAAACAUCAUGCUUUGGGGCUGUUUUUCUGCAAAGGGACCAGGACGACUGAUCCGUGUAAAGGAAAGAAUGAAUGGGGGCCAUGUGUCGUGAGAUUUUGAGUGAAAACCUCCUUCCAUCAGCAAGGGCAUUGAAGAUGAAACGUGGCUGGGUCUUUCAGCAUGACAAUGAUCCCAAGCACACCGCCCGGGCAACGAAGGAGUGGCUUCGUAAGAAGCAUUUCAAGGUCCUGGAGUGGCCUAGCCAGUCUCCAGAUCUCAACCCCAUAGAAAAUCUUUGGAAGGAGUUGAAAGUCCGUGUUGCCCAGCGACAGCCCCAAAACAUCACUGCUCUAGAGGAGAUCUGCAUGGAGGAAUGGGCCAAAAUACCAGCAACAGUGUGUGAAAACCUUGUGAAGACUUACAGAAACGUGUUGACCUGUGUCAUUGCCAACAAAGGGUAUAUAACAAAGUAUUGAGAAACUUUUGUUAUUGACCAAUACUUAUUUUCCACCAUAAUUUGCAAAUAAAUUCAUAAAAAAUCCUACAAUGUGAUUUUCUGGAAUUUUUUUCCUCAUUUUGACUGUCAUAGUUGACGUGUACCUAUGAUGAAAAUUACAGGCCUCUCUCAUCUUUUUAAGUGGGAGAACCUGCACAAUUGGUGGCUGACUAAAUACUUUUUUCCCCCACUGUAUGUAUAUAUUCUUAAAUCCCAUUCCUUACUUUUUUGUGUGUAUUGGGUAUAUGUUGUGAAAUUGUUAGAUAUUACUGCACGUCGGAGCUAGAAGCACAAGCAUUUCGCUACACCCGCUAUAACAUCUGCUAACACUGUAUGUGACAAAUACAAUUUGAUUUGAUUUGAUUUAUGUUCUACAGUGUGAUGUGGCAAAUGGUUAUAAUGGAAGGCUGGUUUGAGAACUAAGAUGAUUUAUCCAAAGACCUUUAUGCAUGUCAGUACAGCAGAAGAAUGAACCCACACCUACAAAUAAUCAAACACCUGUCCUCACUCACUGUUAGAGAUACCUGAGCUCACCUACACAGAGACGUGCACACUCAUACUCACACCUAAAACCUAAUCCACAGACACACACACACACACACACAGACAUGCCCACCCUUGCUAACUGACAUAUGUGGGUAUCUGAUAUCAGUGGACGGUGAGACUGAUAGGAAGAGGCGUUGAUGUUGUUCAUUUGGACCUUGUCCUCAGGAUGACAGUCUUAUAACCCUGUGGUCUCUAUGAGUCCAUGGGCAGACACAUCAUGGUGGCAUCAGGCUAGGGGCCAGGGAUUCACAACAUUUCUUUCCCAUCAAAAUGGUUAUUGUCAUCGUUGUCUCAAGUUCCAGAGAAAACCGCUGCAAUAUUUUAAACAAAUGUCAGGGGAUCAAACUUUUAAUAGAGGAUGAUUUUGCUCUCUGUUUUUGAAAACCUGCCCCCUGAACAUGUGAGUUGUUGGUACAGUAGGUAUAAUUAUAAUACUGUACCAACUCUACUACUUUGUGCCAUAAGAGUUGAAAUACAAGUUAAAUCAUAUGAUGUUAAACUUAUGUCUACCUUUAUCAUGCUGAUUGAAAGUUAUACAUUGGCAUUGUUGAAUACUCGAUUCUGAUUGGCUUGAAGGGAAGUCAAUUUGAUCCAUUUUUAUCACGUCCAUGAGACAUGACAUAUUCCGUUCUCCAUGGCUUUGCACUCCUUUUGUCAUUCUAAAGCACAUUGGAACAACAGAUUCUGAAUACCACUGAAUCUAGUUCUCUUUUCCAUUCUCCCACUGAUAAUGUUAUUCAAUUUGGAGCUGAGUUUAUUUUAUUAUAAAGAGAGGCAUCCGAUAAAUAACCAGACUUCCCUUACACAUGUGACUCACAGUGUUUCAUUUCCUCCGCAUAUCAAGUUCUUGGAACGGCCCGAAAAAGAUCCAGGUCCCACUGUGAUAAGAUCUUGUGGAAGUAUUAAGUAAUAAUUCAUGAUAUGAAUGUAAUCAGGGGCAUUUCCACUCUAAUCAGUAUUUAUUACCGGUUCCAUUUAUUAGUUUAUGCUAUAAAUACAACAUUUGGUUCCUCUCAAAUAUCUCAUAACAUAUUUGAGUAUUCGAGUAGUUUGUGUUUCCCUGAUUCAUAUGUGUGUGGAAUGUUUUCCUCAGGUCUCCACACUGGUGUUGGCUUUGAGGGAUUGGUUCAGUCUAGUAGAGGCUGAUGCCUUGUAAUCCACCAACCAUUAUACUAGAAAUAAAUGAGUUUGUUAGAUAGCUGAAGUCCUCCUGUGAACAUGACAGUGUGGUGUUUAAUCAACUGUAGAUGGGCCAGGAGAUCAAGGAGUUCGUUUGGGUUCUCCUUCCUGGGAAAGGCCCUACUUUUAAGCCAUGGCUCUUUGGUUACCUCCCAAAUGGCACCCUAUUCCCUAUAUAGUGCACUACUUAGGGUGCCAUUCUGUCUGAAUGCGAGCCAUUAUAAAAGAGGUGUUCAGCAGCAUUUAAUAGUUGAGGGGAGGGGAAGGGAUUUCCCGCUGCUCUGAGUACAGUUCAAGGCUUCACUCCACCCUCCCCGGCACACGUGGUGUACGGUAAACACACUCACAUGACACCAGCCUGCUCAUUCUCUGGAUAUGGUUUUGUACAGGUUUUAUCUUCACCUAGUAUUUACUCUCCCCACACACACACAUUGUUUGGCUAUUUUUCUAUUUAAUUACUAUGCUAUUAUUUUGCACAUUCACUCUAAUUAUAUCUAAACUGGUUUCACUGAACUAUGCAUACACAAAAUAGAGAGAAAUUAGCAAAUGGAAAAUUGGCAGCAGUCAGUGAAUGUGAACCGUCCUUAUAUAGCAGUGCUGGAGAGUGUUCCUGCGCUGUGCCCUUGACUUCAAGAUGGACAGUAUUAUUCUUAAUCCUCUCCAGCCUGUCCUACCUGAUCACACAGCCAUGCUGGACGAAGCACAGUUGGAUAUACUGGGUCAGCGGUUGGGAAGACGUCCCGGUCGGUUUGGGAGAGGGUGAAGGCAGAUGCGGGUGAGUGAAAGUGGAGCCUUGUUUGCCCCCAGCGCUGUAUUCAUGCUCUAUAUAUUCGUUGUGCCGUGAACGUUAACCCUACCCCCAGUAGUCUCGGGUGUCAUGAGGGACAUACUGUAUAUUAUUAUGAGGGACAGUAUCACAUAUUGGUGUUUCUUUUAUAUAUUACAUUUCCUUUUACAUUUACACAUUUUUUAUUUGGCCUACAUAUUCAUGUGUGCCCACUUCAACAGAGAGGAAUUAAUCUACGAUUUAACCCCAACUCUGGUGUGUCUCCUCUCCCAGUGUUCUGGUCCCAGGCUGGAAGAGCUGUAUGUUGUCAUUGGGUUCCUGUCCUCGCCUGGCUGCCUCGCUACUCCCUCAGAGAAAACGCCAUCGGAGACCUGAUUUCGGGCAUCAGUGUGGGCAUCAUGCACCUACCUGGAGGUACCACUGACUACCUUGAGCUACUGAUAUGAAUGAGAUUGAUAUGCACAUGGUAUACCAACUUCCCAUGUCUGCUUUAGCCCAGAUGCUUAAUUUGAACUGUCAUUUCACUGUCUGUGGUUCUCUCUUUCCUCUUUCCCUCCCCCUCUCUCUAUCAAUCUCUCUCUCCCACAAAGGCAUGUCUAAUGCGUUGCUGGCUGGGGGUGCCUCCUGUGUUUGGUCUCUACACCUCUUUCUAUCCAUUGGUCAUCUACUUCAUCUUUGGGACAUCCAGACACAUCUCAGUGGGUGAGUGUUAGCACUGACCUCUACGUCACUCUCAUCACCUGAAGUGGUGUGCAUAUUCAACUUCCCUCAUUGGCAUUAGUUUUCUUUCAGCUAGUGCUGAAAGAGUGAAAUGUUGGUAGUAGUUCAGUUAACCUGAGCGAGAAAGAGUGCAAGGCUUUGAAUAUAAUAUCUGUAUGUUUCUAUGCAUGACUGACACACAGGUACUUUGAGUAUAAUAUCUGUAUGUUUCUUGUUAGACAACAGGUACUUUCGCUUUCUUUCUAUCUGUUUGGCACUGUGACGGUACGGGAGUUGCUUACAAAGUUUUGAGGAGCGGACGGCGAAAGAGAGAGGGCCCAAAGGUGGUGUGGCAGACAACUUCCCUUUCCCUUUUGUGGCCUUAUACAGGUAACACAACACACCCACCCCCAACAACACACGUCUUGGAGACAGGUAUAUAUGUUACUUACCCCCCUCUACAGAUGUGUUUUUUUUCUUGUUGAGGGGGGGGAUGGUGUCACGGUGCCCCUAAAGCCCCGGGUGAGGGGGCUAACCACGGCGCAGCCCCCCAUUCCCCAUCCACCGCUGCCCUACUCGUUGCAUCUCAUCCGAAAGAAAAGGGGUUCCCCGGGCUUAGGCUGGGUGAGCUUUGUUUGUGAGUGUGUGUGUGUGUGUGUGUGUGUAUGUGCGUGUAUGUGUCUGUGUGCAAUGUAUAGGAGACAGAGAGAGUGCGAGAAAGUGUGUGUCCCUGUCUUCAUUCCUGUACCCCGUGUGUGUCAGACGCUGGUUGAUGUGCUGUCUAGAGUGACUAACGCAACGCCUGGGACGCUGGGUCGUCCUCCGCCGGCUCCAUGGGGAUCUGUGGGAGGCAAGAUGCUGAAUAGACUCUUCAAGACCAAGCUAACCCAUGCCCAUUCCAUGGGAGCUGGUGCUGGUGAGACACACAUAUACACACACACACACACACCAACAGUCAGAGUUGAGUCAGAAUUGCAUAAAGGUAUUUCUGUCCUCUUCAUUUAUCCUCAGAUAAUGCCUGGCCACCUUCCUGUCAGUGCAGUUGGAGUUGUCAGGACAACAUAGUUGGUCCAGGUGUUGUAGGACACAUACCCACUGGGUCAGUCCUACUGUCUCUCUUCAUCUGUUUGUGCCAUGUAGAGAAAACAAGACUGAAAAUGAAUUUACUUUGUGACAUAAAACCUAAUUAUUACAGUGUUAUGUUCACAGGCUACAUGAGAUGGAUACAAAAAUAUGAUGAAACUACCAUUAUGUCCCCUCUAUCUCUCUGUGGCUUCAGCCUGUCCUCCCCAGCCCUCCCCUCUCUAGCCCAGGUCAAGGAGCUGUUUGGUCCGGCUCUGUCCCUGGCUGUGGUGGGCUUUGGCUUUACCCUCCUCCAUGGGCAGAAUAUUUGCCCACAAACAUGGUUACGCCAUGGAAGCAACCAGGUAACAGAGAAAUUAGCUCUGAAAUUGUCUCAUAUGAACCAUUACCUCACAGCCCACUGUGUUGGAGGACCAAGUUGUUCCUCUCUCCCGCUAUUUCACUGCUAUAAUUGGUCUCUCCCUGCUGCAGGACCUGUUGGCGAUAGGCCUCUGCAACACAAUUGGAGGGAUGUUCCAGUGUUUCGCCGUCAGCUGCUCUUUGUCACGCAGUAACGGUCCAAGAGAGUUUUUGGGGUGAAAACCCAGGUACGUUUUAUUUUUUAUAGCUGGAAUUCCUAGCAGUGAAACUGCCACGUCUUUUUGGUAUAUUACAAUAACAAAGAGUUACUUCAAAAAACAAUGAACAUUUUUUUUUCCCUCUGACAUUGCAUGUGCGAUAGAACACCAGAUGUACGGCGAUUUUUCUUUACUACCACGCUGGCGGACGCUCCUCUCCUCCAUUUCCUCAACAAAACAAAAUAAUAACAAAUGCACUGGGGUUUCAGCUUUAAGCUGCAAUAUUAACUUUUUUGGGCGACCCAACAAUUUCACAUAGAAAUGUGAGUUAUAGAUACACUACAUGACCAAACGUAUGUGGACACCUGCUCGUUGAACAUCUCAUUCCAAAAUCGUGGGGCCUUAAAUAUGGAAUUGGUCCCCCCCUUUGCUGCUGUACAGCCUGCACUCUUCUGGGUAGGCUUUCCACUAGAUGUUGGAACAUUGCUGUGGGGACUUGCUUCCAUUCAGCCACAAGAGCAUUAGUGAGGUCGGGCACUGAUGUUGGGCGAUUAGGCCUGGCUCGCAGUCGGCGUUCCAAUUCAUCCCAAAGGUUUUUGAUGGGGUUGAGGUCAGGGCUCUGUGCAGGCCAGUCAAGUUCUCCACACCGAUCUCGACAAAGCAUUUUUGUAUGGACCUCGCUUCGUGCACUGGGGCAUUGUCAUCUGAAACAGGAAAAGGCCUUCCCCAACUGUUGCCACAAAGUUGGAAGCACAGAAUAAUCUAGAAUGUCAUUGUAUGCUGUAGCCAUAACAUUUAUCUUCACUGGAAAUAAGGGGCCUACCCCAAACCAUGAAAAACAGCCCCAGACCAUUAUUCCUCCUCCACCAAACUUUACAGUUGGCACUAUGCAUUUGGGCAGGUAGCGUUUUCCUGGCAUCUGCCAAACCCAGAAUCAUCCGUCGACUGCCAGAUGGUGAAGCGGGAUUCAUCACUCCAGAGAAGCUUUUCCACUGCUCCAGAGUCCAAUGGUGGCGAGCUUUACAACCACUCCAGCCGACGCUUGGCAUUGCGCAUGGUGAUCUUGGGCUUGUGUGACCUACCACUUCGCGGCUGAGCCUUUGUUUGCCCCCAGACAUUUCCUCUUCAACAAUAACAGCCCUUACAGUUGACUGGGGCAGCUCUAGCAGGACAGAAAUUUGACGAACUGACUUGUUGGAAAGGUGGCAUCCUAUGACGUGCCACGUUGAAAGUCACUGAGCUCUUCAGUAAAGCCAUUCUACUGCCAAUGUUGUCUAUGGAGAUUGCAUGGCGGUGUGCUCGAUUUUAUACACAUGUCAGCAACGGGUGUGGCUGAAAUAGCCAAAUCCACUAAUUAGAAGAGGUGUCCACAACUUUUGUAUAUAUAGUGUAUGUCAUUCUCAUUGAAAGCAAUGCGCUAUUUCUAUGCUUCCCAUUUUUAUGUUUCGUUUUUUUGCAUCUUUUACUUUUGAUUUUGUACACCAGCUUCAAACGCUGAAAUUACAAAGUGUUUUGGUUAUGGAAAAUAUAUUUCACAGCAGUUUAGAUGUUACAAUGAUUCUCUACACUAUACUUGCUUGUUUUGUCACAUAAACUGAAAUUAGGCAAAGUAUUAGAAUUUUAGCAACCAGGAAAUGGUGGAGAGAUUUCCGCAUAUACACAUCAGGUGAAUGGAAUUGUUUUUUGUGAUAGACACACUAUAGUAUUGAAAUGAGAGGGAUACAUACUGUAGUAUUACAUGUGAGAGGGACACAGGAUUUAAAGUCUGGCUCUGGAAUUGAACUCUGGUCUCCUUUGGGGAAUAUGUAGUCCAUAGUUGUCUGUGUGCUAGACCAAACUCCGGCACAGGUAAAGACUUAAUCUCACAUCUUCCCUCUCUUAUAUGUAUCUCCCUCUGUUUCGCUCUCGCUUUUCUAAUCUCUCCCCCCUCGCUCCCUCUCUCCACAGGCGGCUGGGCUUCUCUCUGCUCUGAUGAUGCUCACCAUCUUGCUGAAGAUUGGACAUCUCUUUGAGCAGCUGCCAAUAGUACUCAAGUCAUUUAUAACACCUUCUACAAUCCCUUCUCUAACACUGAAAUCAGAUGUUUUGUCUGUGUUUGCGUUCAUUUGUUUGUUUUUGUGUCCAUAUGCUUCUGUAUCAUUCCCUGCCUUUGUGUUUGUAAGUGUUUAUAGGUGUUGCUCUGUCUCUAUGUGUGUCUGUUACAGGCAGUGUUAGCAGUGGUCAUUGUGGUAAAUCUGCAAGGGGAUUCUGGGUCAGUUUCGGGAAGUCCCAGUGCUCUGGGCAUCUGACCGCUUGGACCUGGUAUUAUUCAACAACAACCUCCAUAUAACAUCCAUCAUCCAUCCCAUAUGCCAUCACUGAUCACCCCAUAAAGGCCUCUAAUCCAGGGACUUUCCUAUGUCUCUCUCCCCUCUCUCCCUACAGCCUGGUGUGGUUGGCCACCCUGAUAUCCACCCUGCUUUUCAACCUGGAUCUGGGCCUGGCUGCUGCUCUGGCCCUCUCUCUGAUCACUGUCAUCUACAGGACUCAACUGUGAGUGUGUCGUUCAUGCGUUAGGUUGGGUGCAUGUUAUGGGAUUCGCAUAACACCUAUGGUAAUUGUUCAUGUCUUUUCUUUCUCAUUCUUUCUUUUGUAUUCACUCAUCACUUGCUCUGUCUGUUUAUGUCUCUCUCUCUCUCUUUCACUCUCUCUCUCUCUCUCUCUCUCUUUAUCUCUUUAUCUCUCUCUCUCUCAGCUCCCACAGUGCAAUGCUGGGUCAUAUUCCUGGGACUGACUGCUACAGGGACCUACAUCUCUAUGCUGAGGUAACCUCUAUGAUAGCCAUUGAGAAACCUUUCACCUGAACUAACUAACCAGUCCCAGCUGUGCUGCUGAUGAACAACACCCUGGCCUGCUCUGUGUUUUACAGGCCAGGCCGAUUCCUGGAGUAACCGUAUUCUCUUGCUCCAACCCUCUGUACUUUGCAAAUGCUGAGCUGUUCUUCAGCUCUCUCAGAAAGGUAGGUAGGCUACAUGCUACGAGACAUAAACUACAACUUAACCGAGACAAUAUAACAUAAACUACAACUCAACCCAGACAAUAUAACCUAAACUACAACUCAACCCAGACAAUAUAACAUAAACUACAACUCAACCCAGACAAUAUAACAUAAACUACAACUCAACCCAGACAAUAUAACAUAAACUACAACUCAACCCAGAACCACCACAUUCCACCGUUUGUUUCUGCACAGUUGUGCAUUCCUUCACGUACUUACUGUAGGUUGACAGCUGUAAUUCAUGCAAUGUGAAAGUCUAUGAACAUUAGCAAGUGUGUGUUUUUGUGAAUACAGUCGGUGCAGCGUGUCCAACUGGAGAAUGCAGCCCUCAUUGAGAUCCAGCCCUUAGCUCAAAUGUCAGGAGCAAGGCGCAGUAUGGUGCUAGAGUUUAGCUCAGUCAUCUUCAUGGACUCUGUGUCAAUCAAAGCACUAUGUAAGGUGAGCCCAAACAGUAAUUUCCUGAAACGAAUAACAGAGAGCGUGAGAUAGGGAAAGGGAACAAGGGAUAUUCCAUACUGUGCUGUGUAACACACUGUGUUUUUUCCAUUGUGGCAGCUUGUGGAGGAAUUGGAGGAGCAGGGGGUCAAUGUGUUUCUGGCUGCUUGCCAAGGUAAAUUCCCCUCAAACAACCUGUUACUCCCAUAACAACCUCAUUUACUUAUAAAACUCCCUGGUCUACCCUCAAAACAGUGAUUGAUGUACUGUAACAUAUAUAUAUAUAUAUAUUUCAUAUUGUGAAAUUCUGCACUGGACAUUGCUCUCAUACCUCUCAGGACAUUGAUAGUACUGUUUUUGGUGUAAGACGUAAUGGCAGCUACAGUUGCUUUAGAAAUCAGUUUCAGAUUGUAGGGUAAUGUGCAUCUCAGUUUCAGAUUGUAGGGUAAUGUGCAUGUCAGUUUCAGAUUGUAGGGUAAUGUGCUUGUGUGUUACCUGUGUACUGUAGACAGGCUGGUGAGUCAGCUGCAGGCCCAGGGCUUCAUCCCAAACACUCUGCCCAGGUCCUGCCUCUUCCCCUCAGUGCACCACGCUGUCCAACACUGCCAGAUAUCUCCUCCCUUGGCUGUGAGUAUGUUAACUUUUUCUGUAUCUUUGCUAGUGGCAUUGCUACCUAGUGUCCUAUGUCUACCAAUUUGUCUGUUGGAAUUAGUCUGCUUGCUUGUGAUUGUUUUCUACCUCUGCAUUGAUGUUGUUCUUCUGCUCCCAUAGGACCACAACACAGAGCUGAGUGAGUGUUGA